GCCUCCACUUCCAGCUAGCAGUAAGUACUCGCUAUUCAGUGUACUCACUGUUCCAAAGAACUCGACAGCGGAAACGAAGACGGAGAGAAAGAGGGAAUCUUAUUCUAUCAAUCUAAAGCCCUCUCUUUGAACUGUUCUUGUUUCUUGUUACUCUUCAUCGAGCAAUCAGUCGCUAGGCUAACACCAAAGCAUCUUCCCCUAUCCACCUUCAAUCUUAACGACCCCAGUUCAGCAAUACCAUUACUCUACUCGUUAUUUCCGCCAUUUCCUUCGAUUUUGAUCCACAAUCCAUCAAAAACCCUACCCGGUUUCGCUUCCCCACCACACAUUUGCUUGAGAUUUUGUUCUUACCUCCCGUUUCUCUUCUGGGUUUCAAGUGCAUGGCUCUGCUUCAGUCCCCUUCUCUUUGCUUUGGCGGCGCGGCUCUCAAUUCCCGCCAUAGUUCGGCCAGUUUCAGACCUGGAAAUCUUAAACCUUCGCCCUUAUCUUCCCCUCCUCGAGCCUCCUCUCCUCGCUUGAGUUCCCGAUGUAAAGCGGCUCCCGCAGUUGGUGGCGGGUCGUCUGAGGCAGAUGGCUCCUCCCUUGUGGUUUGCUUUGGGGAAAUGCUAAUAGAUUUUGUACCCACAAUCAAUGGCCUUUCGCUGGCCGACGCACCAGCCUUCAAGAAGGCCCCAGGCGGUGCUCCUGCUAACGUUGCUGUCGGAAUUGCACGUCUUGGUGGCACAUCAGCGUUUGUUGGGAAGGUCGGGGAAGAUGAAUUUGGAUAUAUGCUUGCUGAGAUAUUGAAGGAGAAUAAUGUCAACAAUCAAGGGUUGCGCUUUGAUCCUGGUGCAAGAACUGCUCUGGCGUUUGUUACAUUAAGGAGUGAUGGAGAACGUGAAUUCAUGUUUUACCGAAAUCCUAGUGCCGAUAUGUUGCUUCAAGAAGAUGAACUUGAUCUUGAAUUGAUUAAGAAGGCAAAGAUCUUUCACUAUGGCUCCAUAAGUCUUAUAACAGAGCCAUGCAAAUCAGCUCAUAUUGCAGCAGCAAAGGCCGCAAAGGAAGCUGGUGUUGUUCUUUCAUAUGAUCCCAAUCUGCGGCUUCCUCUGUGGUCUUCUGCAGAGAGUGCUAGAGAAGGCAUCCUUAGCAUUUGGAAUUUGGCCGACAUCAUCAAGAUAAGCGAAGAAGAGAUAUCCUUCUUAACGCAAGGAGAAGAUCCAUAUGAUGAUGCUGUUGUCCGCAAGUUAUACCAUCCGAAUCUCAAGUUGCUACUUGUGACUGAGGGCCCAGAUGGUUGCAGGUAUUACACCAAGGAAUUCAGCGGCAGAGUGAAGGGCUUAAAGGUGGAUGCUAUUGACACAACCGGUGCCGGAGAUGCUUUUGUGGCUGGAGUACUGUCUCAACUAGCACGGGAUUUAUCUUUGCUUCAGAACGAAGAGAAGUUGCGAGACGCUCUCAAGUUUGCCAAUGCCUGUGGUGCAUUGACUGUGAUGGAAAGAGGUGCAAUCCCUGCAUUGCCAACCAGCGAAGCUGUAGCGAAUGCAGUCCUUAAGAUCGUGGCAUGAAAGGUUUGUUGUUUACUAGUAGUAACUUUAGAGCGAAAUCCAUAUUUUUUUUCCGGCAAAUGUUUGAUAAUCCGAUCCAUGUAGCUAGUUCAGUUCAUGCCCUGAUGAAUGUCGUGUUAACGACAAUAACCCUGCUCACUCUGGUACUGUAGUCUGUAUCCGACGGAGCAGUCACACUGUAAGCAGUUUUUGAUGUAUUGUGUGUUAUAAAUGUAUUCAUGUCCUGUAUGUAGCAUCAUGGGAACAUUUUGGUUAUGCGUUGCUGUCAUAAAUGUAAAAGUUUGAAAGUGAUGCUCUUGGAGGGCCUACCAGCCGUGUUAUGCCAAUUGGUUAGGUAAUGAUCCCAUUCAGAAUUAGUUCAUCUGAUCUGAUUGAAAUGAGUCGCUAACCUAAAAGAAU